GUCAAUCACCACAUUCAAUCGAUCUGCCUUUCUGCUAGUUUUCCCUAGCGCUGGAUGACUCUGGAAUGGAGAGUCUCCCCAGGGAUCCUGACACUUCUCUACUUGACUUCACUCAAGCAGAGGACAAAGAUUUAUGUAUCCUUUCCUCUGACACAUUCUACUCAUCCUCAUCUCCUCAUGAACAAAAGACUCUUCCCAUUGAUGACAAAUCACCUCUUAGACGCAAGAGUCCACAGGGCCGCUUUGACCCGUAUGACUCCUCAGAGGAAUAUGUUGGCGUUGUGACACUGCCGAACCAAGUCCGACAGAAAGCAGUGAAAAAAGGAUUUGUGUUCAAUCUGAUGGUUGUUGGUGAGUCUGGCUUAGGCAAAUCCACUCUUGUCAACAGCCUUUUCCUCACAAACCUCUAUACGGACAGAUGCAUGCCUGAUGUUUCAGAGAAGAUAGCUCGGACAGUGUCAAUAACAAAGAGCACCGUAGACAUUGUUGAAGAGGGAGUAAAUCUAAGGCUCACUGUUAUCGACACCCCUGGUUUUGGAGAUGCCAUUAAUAAUAAUGAAAGCUGGAAGGCUGCCGUUCAUUAUGUAGACCAGCAGAUGGAGAAGUACCGCAGAGAUGAGAUCGGGCUGAACCGUAAAAACAUAAGGGACAACAGAGUGCACUGCUGUUUGUACUUCAUCUCACCUCAUGGCCAUGGUCUCAAACCAAUAGAUGUGAACUUCAUGAAGGCCCUGGAUCAGAAGGUCAACAUUGUGCCUGUGCUGGCUAAAGCAGACAGCCUCACUCCAAAAGAGACACGGAAUAUGAAAGCCAAGAUUUUGACAGAAAUUGACCAAUACAAAAUCAAGAUCUUCCAGGUCCCAGAUUGUGAUCAUAAUAAUGAUCCCUUCAGGCAACAGGAUCUAGAGGUAAAGAGAAGUAUACCCUUUGCUGUUAUUGGGAGUAAUACAGUAGUAGAGAGAGAUGGCAGAAGAGUUCGAGCCCGUGCCUAUCCAUGGGGGAUUGUAGAGGUUGAGAAUCCAUCUCACAGUGAUUUUGUGCAUCUGAGGAACAUGUUGAUCCGCACAAACAUGCAGGACCUGAAACAUACCACUCACUAUGUGUUGUAUGAGAACUAUCGUAUAAAUUGCCUGUGCAAGAACCCGUGCUUGGAGAAUGUGUAAGCAUUUGCCAGCUGGAUUACAGAAGAGGACAGCAUGUGUCUCAUGGAAACCCCUAGAUGGAAGAGGCAAUUAAUUACUUUGUAAAAUAUCCCAAAAAAUAUAUAAUUAAAAAUUAAACUUAAUUUUUUUUUAAAUGUUGAAAGGAGGACUGUAGCAAUUAUCCUGCUAAUGUAAUAGGACUGACAAUUUACUAGCCAAUUGCAUUAAUUUUAAAAUUAAUAUUGUAUAUUUU